AUGGAGGAUCCCAUGGAAUCUUCUGGUGAAGAGAACUUUGUGGAAGAGAGUCACAAGCUGGUCGACUCAUUGGACAAGCUUCGUGUCAGUGCUGAGAGCUCUUCCUCCCAUUUCAAGAAGAAGCCUGUCAUUAUCAUUGUUGUUGGAAUGGCUGGUACACAUUGUUUUAGCUAUAACAAUUACAAGGAAGUUAUAAAGCAGUAUAUCUUGGGACCUAAUGGUGGCAUCAUGACGUCACUCAACUUGUUUGCUACUAAAUUCGAUAAGACCCGGCUGCCUCUUGUCUUGGCUUUCAACAAAACCGAUGUUGUAGAUCACAAGUUUGCCUUAGAGAACUUGUACCGGAAUAUAAGAUAUGUUGGUGUUUCUGCAAUCACUGGUGCUGGGAUGGAUGAUUUCUCUAAAGCCAUUGAAGCAAGUGCUGAGGAAUACAUGGGAACUUCAUCUGUCAGCAAGUUCCAUGCUUAUGAUUUGUGUUUUUGUUCUCCAGAGCUUAUCUUGACUAGAGAAAGGCGGAGAAGGAGCAGUUGCAAGAAGAGUGAAGGGAAAAGGAAAUGA